GUAGAAAGGACAUUCAGUUUGUGACAAAAAUGCCAACUUUUUUUUAUCCAGAAUUUGAUCUGCUGAUAAAGACAGGUGAAGAAGAAUGUGGGGAUUUUUCUGACACUGAAAUGUAUGAAAUUCAUGGGAUCUGUCAAAAAAGCUCAUUAAUAAAAUGUUCAAACCUGUAACUCAUGAUGAAGGGUGGAGCUAAAAACUAAAGAGGUGAUCAAGUAUCAGAAGAAGAAUAUGCAGUUUUUUGUUCCUAAAAGCCGGCCGGCCUGCCGUCUUCCUUUGUCAGCCUCUUACCAAUUCUUUGUGUCCCCUAACACUUUAGCCUGCAGUUUGAAGUCAUUGCUUUCUUUAGUCCACAUGUCUGCUUUUUCUUUUCUUUCUUCUUGCUCUUGAUUAAAAGAAAAAAGUUGUAUUGGUCCUUUCUGAACUGUCAGAAUUUAAUCAUUAAGACUCCUGUUAUUCAAGAACUUGGAUCAUUGGAAAAUAGGGGCACUUCUUGGACAAGCUAUGGGGUGUGUUCAAGCCAAGCCUUCAAAGACUUCAUCACCACCUCAAGGCUUGGAGAAACUGAAGCUGCAGAACGGAUAUGCGACUGCCAGGAGAUCAACUGGACAGAGGCAUUUCAGCGAGGAAUUAAGGGGGGCUGGCCCUUCGAGGCCCGAGCCAAGGACUAGGAUUGUCGAUAAUUAUGUCAGCAGCCGAAGGAGCAGCGCUGGAAGCAGAGGUGCGGGUGGAGAAAGGAAGUUGGUCGGGGUUGGGGUUGAGGUUGAGGGAGAGAACCCGAAGAAUGGGAGCAUUGGUGUAGCAAACUCGAGGCCAAUUGCUAGGGAAGAAGAGCUAGUCGACGGGUGGCCAAAAUGGCUAGUUGAUAAUAUUCCCAGAGAGGUUCUUGCAGGUUUGGUUCCAAAAAGUGCAGAUUCUUUUGACAAAAUAGACAAGAUAGGUUCCGGGACUUAUAGCAAUGUGUAUAAAGCUCGAGAUAGGAGGACAGGAAAGAUCGUGGCUCUAAAGAAAGUUCGGUUUGACACAUCAGAACCUGAAAGCAUAAAAUUUAUGGCGCGAGAGAUCUUGAUACUACAGAAACUGGAUCAUCCCAAUAUCAUAAAGCUCGAAGGGCUGGCCACUUCAAGAAUGCAGUUUAGUCUCUACCUUGUGUUUGAAUAUGCGCAGUGCGAUUUAUCCAGCAUUAUAUCUCGACCCGAUGGGAGGCUAACUGAACCACAGGUGAAAUGUUACAUGUUUCAGCUGCUAUGUGGGCUGCAGCAUUGCCACGAGAGGGGCAUUCUGCACCGAGACAUCAAGGGAUCCAAUCUACUGAUUGAUAAAGACGGGAUGCUAAAAAUUGCAGAUUUCGGGCUAGCAAACUUCUUUAAUCCUGCAAAACCCCGCCCUCUUACCAACCGAGUUGUGACACUGUGGUAUAGAGCCCCCGAACUGCUGCUUGGUGCUACUGAAUAUGGAGCGGGCAUUGAUCUCUGGAGUGCAGGCUGCCUAAUGGCUGAAAUGUUCGCUGGGAGGCCUAUUAUGCCCGGCAGGACAGAGGUUGAGCAACUCCACAAGAUUUUCAAGCUAUGUGGCACGCCUUCAAAUGAUUACUGGGCAACAAGGAUUUUGACAACCUUCAGGCCACCAUAUGCCUACAAGUCUAACAUGACAGAUGCUUUCAGACACUUCCCCGCUUCUUCUUUGGGCCUUCUCUGUGUUCUUCUCGCCCUCGAUCCAGCACAUCGUGGCACUGCAGCUUCCGCUCUCAAAAAUCAGUUUUUUCACACAAGCCCCUUAGCGUGUGACCUUUCAGAGUUACCAGUAAUCUGCAAAGAACAUCCAGAGGCAGAGUUUAAGUAUGAGAGAAGAAGGCAGAAGGCGUCUCGGCAGAGGUCUCAAUCCCAAAAGGAGCGCAGCUCGAAAGGAGAUUCUGGCGGUUCCAACGAGGAGGCUGCAGGUGGUAAGUAUACAGAUUCAACAGUGUUCACCCAGGAACCUGGAAGCUCCAGUACCACAACAAGCACAUCAUCGAAUUCUAAACCGACAUGGAAGGACGACAGGCCUCCUCCGCCUAUACCUUCACCUGUCAUGAAAAACCGCAGAAGCUCCCCGAGAAGUGGAGCCCACCCUAACGCUGCCAAGAACAUCAAGAAUCGCCCCCCAAUCCCGAAUGGUAAAAACACGACACACAUGUACCGAGGUAACCACUCGUACAGGUUGAGUCAUGUGCAGAGGUCUGUCUCAACCAGAGAAUUCAGGAAUAUGGAUCACAAAAACCUGCUUAGCUCAUAUGCUCUUGAGGACUAAACAGCAUUUCGACAGUGUCAUAAUCUUGUUGCCUGAUUGCUUGAUUCUUGUUCACAUAUAUUGCUUUAUUUUGUAGCAUUAUAUUCUUACUGAUGGAAUAGAAACAUAUUCUUAGUGGAUGCCACGCCACGGAGAUCGAAAAUCUUACCAAUGACUUCACACUUUAUUGCUUUCCUGGUGUACCAAAAAGAACGAUAAAAAAUAGUAAAAUACUAUCGAUACAGACAUGCAGUCGUGUGAUUUGCACUACGAA